CCCGGAACCGGCCUUGGACCGGCGGCGAAGCCUGAGGCGGCUGGCGCUCCCGCCCCAUGGAGCGGCCCCCGGGGCUGCGGCCGGGCGCGGGCGGCCCCUGGGAGAUGCGGGAGCGGCUUGGCACCGGCGGCUUCGGGAACGUCUGUCUGUACCAGCACCGGGAACUUGAUAUCAAAAUAGCAAUUAAGUCUUGUCGCCUGGAGUUAAGUACCAAAAACAGAGAACGAUGGUGCCAUGAAAUCCAGAUGAUGAAAAAGUUGGACCAUGCAAAUAUCGUAAAAGCCUGUGAUGUUCCUGAGGAACUGAAUUUUUUAAUUAAUGAUGUGCCUCUUCUAGCAAUGGAGUACUGUUCUGGAGGAGAUCUCCGGAAGCUACUCAACAAACCAGAAAAUUGUUGUGGACUUAAAGAAAGCCAGAUACUUUCUUUACUGAGUGACAUAGGAUCUGGGAUUCGAUAUUUGCAUGAAAACAAAAUUAUACAUCGAGAUCUAAAACCUGAAAAUAUAGUUCUUCAAGAUGUUGGUGGGAAGAUAUUACAUAAAAUAAUUGAUUUGGGUUAUGCCAAAGAUGUUGAUCAAGGAAGUCUCUGUACAUCUUUUGUGGGAACAUUACAGUAUUUGGCUCCAGAGCUCUUUGAAAAUAAGCCAUACACAGCCACUGUGGAUUAUUGGAGCUUUGGGACCAUGGUAUUUGAAUGUAUUGCUGGAUAUAGGCCUUUUUUGCAUCAUCUGCAGCCAUUUACCUGGCAUGAAAAGAUUAAGAAGAAAGAUCCAAAGUGUAUAUUUGCUUGUGAAGAGAUGACCGGGGACGUUCGGUUCAGUAGCCAUUUACCUCAACCAAACAACCUUUGUAGUUUAAUAGUAGAGCCCAUGGAAAGCUGGCUACAGUUGAUGCUGAAUUGGGACCCACAGCAGAGAGGGGGACCUAUUGAGACUAAUUUGAAGCAGCCAAGAUGUUUUGUAUUAAUGGAUCACAUUCUCAACUUAAAGAUAGUGCACAUCCUAAAUAUGACUUCUGCGAAAAUCAUUUCUUUUCUGUUGCCAUGUGAUGAAAGUUUUCAUUCACUGCAGUCUCGUAUUGAGCGUGAAACGGGAAUCAAUACCGCUUCCCAAGAGCUCCUGUCUGAGACAGGGAUUUCUCUGGAUCCUCGGAAACCAGCCUCUCAAUGUGUUCUCGAUGGAGUUAGAGGCUGUGAUAGCUACAUGGUUUAUUUGUUUGAUAAAAGUAAGACUGUAUAUGAAGGACCAUUUGCAUCCAGAAGUUUAUCUGAUUGUGUAAAUUAUAUUGUUCAAGACAGCAAGAUACAGCUUCCAAUUAUACAGCUGCGUAAAGUAUGGGCUGAAGCAGUGCACUAUGUAUCUGGGCUAAAAGAAGACUACAGCAGGCUUUUUCAGGGACAAAGAGCAGCAAUGUUAAGUCUUCUUAGAUAUAAUGCUAACUUGACAAAAAUGAAGAAUACUUUGAUCUCAGCAUCACAACAACUCAAAGCUAAAUUGGAGUUUUUUCACAAAAGCAUUCACCUUGACUUGGAGAGAUAUAGUGAACAGAUGACUUAUGGGAUAUCUUCAGAAAAAAUGCUGAAAGCAUGGAAAGAAAUGGAAGAAAAGGCCAUUCACUAUGCUGAGGUUGGUGUCAUUGGAUACCUUGAGGAUCAGAUUAUGUCUUUGCAUACUGAAAUAAUGGAGCUUCAGAAGAGCCCCUAUGGAAGACGCCAGGGAGACUUAAUGGAAUCUCUGGAACAGCGUGCCAUUGAUCUCUAUAAGCAGUUAAAGCACAGACCUACAGAUCACUCCUACAGUGACAGCACAGAGAUGGUGAAGAUCAUCGUGCACACUGUGCAGAGUCAAGACCGUGUGCUCAAGGAGCUGUUUGGUCACCUGAGCAAGUUGUUGGGCUGUAAGCAGAAGAUUAUUGAUCUACUCCCCAAGGUGGAAAUUGCCCUCAGUAACAUCAAAGAAGCUGACAAUACUGUCAUGUUUAUGCAGGGAAAGAGGCAGAAAGAAAUAUGGCACCUCCUUAAAAUUGCCUGUACACAGAGUUCUGCCCGCUCUCUUGUAGGAUCCAGUCUAGAAGGCACAGUAACCCCUCCAGCAUCAGCAUGGCUUCCCCAUAUGUUACCAGAACGCGACCGUCCUCUGACAUGUGUGGUAACUCCUCGCAAUGGAGAAACAUUAACACAAAUGAUAGAAGAAAAUCUGAACUGUCUUGGCCAUUUAAGUACUAUUAUUCGUGAAGCAAAUGAGGAACAGAGCAGUAGCAUGUCGAGUCAUGAUUGGAGUUGGUUACCAGAAUGACUUGCUAUUUGUUCACUGUCCUCAAGCCUAUGACAGUUGUUUCUGCGCAUGUUCGACAUUCACCUUUGCCCCCUGAAGCCGUUCUUCACACACCAGUCAGCAGAGGAAACUAUGAAUGACUUUACAAGCACAGUAUCUUGAUUCUUUUAUAAUGAUUGUGACCUCUGAACAGACAGAAUUUUAUUACAAACUAGUGAAGUUAAUUAUUUUUAACACUGCCACUAUCUAGGGAGAUCAUUAGUGACCUGCUUAUCUUAAAAAAUUGACAAAAUAAGCCGAGCGGUGGUGGCGCACGCCUUUAAUCCCAGCACUCGGGAGGCAGAGGCAGGCGGAUCUCUGUGAGUUCGAGGCCAGCCUGGUGGUCUACAAGAGCUAGUUCC